AUGAUUCUAAACGGGGACACUGACACUCUGAUGGAUCUGGUCAGACGGGGGUCCGACAGUCUGAUGAAGCCAAAUAAUGAAGGCUGGAUUGCUCUUCAUGAAGCAGCUUAUUACGGAAAGCAGCAGUUGGUCAGUAUCCUGAUCAGAGCCUUUCCAGAGUCAGUGAACAGACGCAGUGCUAAGAAUCAGACGGCUCUGCUGCUGGCGGCCGGACGAGGAAACGUUUCCUGUGUCGACUUUCUCCUGAAUCACGGAGCCAACCCAAACAUCGCCAACACAGACCAAGAGACACCGCUGUUCAUAGCCUGUGAGAGUCCAAACAGAGACGUGGUGCACCUGUUGCUGAGGUCUGGAGCUCAGGUGAACCGUUGCUCCGUUCAGGGGGUCAGUGCUCUUCAGGAAGCCUGCAGACACGGACAGCUGGAGCUCUGCACCAUGUUACUGGAUGCCGGAGCGGAUUUAGAGACCAACAACAUCUAUGGCAUCACGCCGUUCUUCACUGCAGCUCAGCACGGAGAGAUCCACAUCAUGCACCUGCUCUACGAGAGGGGGGCAGAUAUCAACGACUCGGCGGGGGAUGGAGCCACACCGCUGUUUGAGGCCUGUAAGAACGGUCAUGUCUCUGCUGUGAAAAUGCUGCUCGCUCUGAAAGCUGAUGCCAACCAAUCCGUGAAGUCGGGCCUGCUGCCUCUUCACGUGGCCGUUCAGAACAAUCACAAACAGAUCGUGAUGAUGCUGAUCCCGGUGACCAGCAGGGUCAGGAUCCAGCUCUGUGGUAUCAGUCCUCUGCACGUCGCAGCAGAGAAGAACUGGGAUGACAUCAUGGAGCUGCUGAUCCAGUCCGGCUUUGACGUCAACGCCAAGCUGUCAGCACAACACUCCAUGAUGUAUGAGGACCGGCGGACCACAGCGCUCUACUUCUCCGUCUACAACGGGAACCUGGAGGCCUCGGAGAUGCUCCUGGAGGCUGGCGCCGACCCUAACCUGGACGUGUUCAACCCUCUGCUCAUCGCCGUGCGGCUUGGCUGGUUGGACAUGGCGACGCUGCUGCUGAAGUACGGGGCUGAUGUCAACGCUCAGAUCUCCACCCAGCCCUCCUCGUUCCCGUCGGCCAUUCUUCUCAACAUGGAGUCUCUGCCCGUGCUCAAACUGCUGCUGGUUAAUGGCUGUGACGCCCGGCCCUGCUUCAUCUGCCCACACGGCCAAAACACACAUCCGGCUGUCACACAACCUGAUGAAGAAACUCAGCCCGGCGGAGAUUUGUUACCACUGCGCUGCGUUCAGUUCUGCGAGGCGGUCUCCAGCCCGUCCUUCUGCCGCGUCACCGGCCCCAUCAUCUCCACGCUGCUCGACCACGUCGGCCACGUCCAACUCUGCGCCCGCCUGCUGGAGGUCCUGGAGAACUGCAGUGACUUGGCGCAGAUCAAACUCAAGGCUGCUCCCCCUCGUCCUCUGAUGCAGUACUGCAGGCUGAAGAUCAGACGUCUGCUUGGAGUCCACAGACUCAGACUGCUGCACACUCUGCCACUUCCUGCCCAACUCAUCCGCUUCCUGUGCCACAACCUCACUGGCUCCCUCACCUGA